CGGUCUCUCUGCCCAAUGCCCUCUGGUCUUCCUUGCCCUGCUCUUGACCGCAGGGGCGCGCGCCGCGUUGCCACGGAAACGCCGGGCAGGCGCGGCGGCGCGCAAAGCGCGCUCUCACCUCCUGGUGGAAGUGGCGGCGGCUCCUGCUCCCGCGCGCCCUGGCGCCCCGGAGCCGCGCUCGUUGGGCUCCCACCCGGGGUCCCCGGCGGCGCGCAAGGCAAGAUGUUGAGGCGCAACCUGGAAGACCGAGAUGCACAGACAAAACAGCUGCAGGAUGCUGUCACGAAUGUGGAGAAGCACUUUGGAGAGCUCUGCCAAAUCUUUGCUGCUUAUGUACGGAAAACUGCCAGGCUGCGAGACAAAGCUGACCUCCUGGUGAAUGAAAUCAACACUUAUGCCUCUACUGAGACCCCAAAUUUAAAGCAGGGUCUGAAAAACUUUGCUGAUGAGUUUGCCAAACUUCAAGAUUACCGCCAAGCAGAGGUUGAAAGACUUGAAGCCAAAGUAGUUGAACCUUUGAAAGCCUAUGGGACCAUUGUAAAAAUGAAACGAGAUGAUCUGAAAGCAACAUUAACAGCAAGGAAUCGAGAAGCCAAACAGUUAUCUCAGUUAGAAAGGACACGCCAACGAAACCCAUCUGAUCGGCACGUGAUUUCGCAGGUGGGCAAUAAAAUGGCAGAAACUGAAUUACAGAGAGCCACCAUAGAUGCUACUCGCACAAGUCGUCAUUUGGAGGAAACUAUUGAUAAUUUUGAAAAGCAGAAAAUAAAGGACAUAAAGAACAUAUUUUCUGAGUUUAUCACAAUUGAAAUGCUAUUUCAUGGCAAAGCUUUAGAGGUCUUCACCGCUGCCUACCAAAAUAUACAAAAGAUUGAUGAGGAUGAAGAUAUAGAGGUUUUCCGAAAUUCUCUGUAUCUACCAGAUUAUCCAUCUCGUUUAGAUAUUGUAAGAGCAAAUUCCAAGUCACCUCUGCAGAGAUCACUGUCAGCUAAGUGUACAUCUGGAACCGGACAGAUACCCACCUGUCGAACAAGAAAGGAUCAACAAGUAGAUGAAGAAGAAGAUGAUGAGUUAGAUAUUACAGAAGACGAAAACUAACCUUAGGAAAACUUCACAUUUCCAUUCUCAUGUCAAAUGACUUGAAAUCCAGGAUCACUUUAUACUCAUUUGAUAAGUUAAACUUCAAAAUGAAAUGCUACUAUGAAAUGGGGGAGGGGGAUUAAAGGAAUUAUGCUGACAAGAAAGAAAAUGAAGAUUUUUUUAUUGCAUACCAGUCUUUCAAUGUCCUAUCUAUAGUAGUGUAUGAUUUUUCCGUAUAUAU